AUGUUUAAUUUUUAACAACCAUCAUCAUUCACCAGUAAAAUUAAAAAUUAUUUGUGCAUCGAUCAUAUUAUUUUGUCUGUUACCCAUAUUCUGAGGCCGAGCUUACGUCUGUUACGGUUAUUUUAAGAAAGUAAUACGUUGUAUUUAUGGUAACUAAAAUGCCAGACGGAGAAUCAGAGCCAGUUUCACUAGUGACAAUCAAAGAGCCAGUAGAUUUAAUUCGUCUUAGUGUUGAUGAACGAAUCUAUGUUAAGAUGCGCCAUGACCGAGAAUUACGUGGUCGACUUCAUGCUUUUGAUCAGCAUUUGAACAUGGUGUUAGGAGAAGCUGAAGAGACUAUUACUACAAUUGAAGUAGAUGAAGAAACAUUUGAAGAAGUAUAUAAAACUACGAAACGUACUAUACCUAUGUUGUUUGUUAGAGGAGACGGUGUCAUACUUGUGUCUCCUCCUUCUACUACGUCAUAAUGUAUUUUUAUUUAUCAUUGAUAUAAAACUACAAAAGCCAACUUCUAUGUGUAACUAUUUUGUCAAAUUGUGUUUAAACAAAUAUUUAAUAUUAAAUAGAUAAGGUCUAAUAAUUUAAAAAAAUAUAUAAUUAUAAGUGGUUAAAUAAU